UUGGUUUUUAAAUAUAUCAUUUAGUGGUUGCAACUUCUUGAAUUGUUUACUUCCUAAAGUAAAUUUGACUAGGUAUCAAGAUAGUCAGAUAAAUAGAUUAAAAAUUUAGUACCGUAGGUUGAAAAAAUUACAAAUAUGUACAAAAAAGGACGAAGAAUCAAUAAAGGGUCUUCAACAAAAUUGUUUAGAAUGUCUCGUAGUGUCAAAGAAAAGUAUGAAAACACUAAUCCAAGGCGAAACCACGUUAUCAUGUCUCACGAAGAAGCUGCCACUGGGAAGAAAAGCAUCUGGACAGAAUUGGAGAUAACAGGAUCAGUGAGAAAUUUAAGUCCCAACUUGUGGCGUCUUUCCCACCUGACGUGUUUGUACCUGAAUGACAACCAUUUAACAAGAGUUCCUCCGGAGAUCCAGCAACUGUCGAUGCUGCGGAUGCUGGAUCUAUCGUGCAACAAGCUCCGCAGCUUGCCUGCUGAACUGGGGGAACUCAUUUACCUCAGGGAACUGUUAUUAAAUCAUAAUCAUAUUCGGGCACUGCCAUACGAACUAGGGAAACUCUUCCAGCUUCAGAUUCUCGGAUUGGCCGGCAACCCUCUGACCAAGGAGUGUCUCAAGCUCUACAGCGAACCCAACGGAACCCAGAAGCUCAUCACCUAUCUCCUGGACAGUUUACAAGUGAGGUCGCCCCAACCACCAGAGAGGCCCUGGAUACCAUUAGCAAGGCCGAACAGGACAAAACCAACAUGUCUGAUGACCGUGAUGUGUUACAACGUGCUGUGUGACAAGUACGCCACCAGACAGAUGUACGGGUAUUGUCCUUCGUGGGCCCUCACCUGGGACUACCGCAAGAAGGCCAUCCUCGGAGAGAUAAGGCAUUAUACUGCGGACAUCAUAAGUCUUCAGGAAGUGGAAACUGAUCAGUUCUACAAGUUUUUCCUGCCGGAGCUGAAGAGGGAUGGCUACGAUGGAAUAUUCUCUCCCAAGUCCAGAGCUAAGACUAUGUCCGAAAAUGAACGGAAGUAUGUGGAUGGGUGCGCCAUAUUCUACCGAACAGCCAAAUUCACACUAAUCAAAGAACACCUGGUAGAGUUCAACCAGCUGGCGAUGGCAAACUCGGAGGGUUCAGACGACAUGUUGAACAGAGUCAUGCCUAAAGACAACAUUGGACUGGCAGCGCUGCUCAAGACCAAGGAGGCUGCUUGGGACAACGGGCUACCACCAGAUGUGAACCAGGUGCACCAACCACUGCUGGUGUGCACGGCGCACAUCCACUGGGACCCAGAGUUCUGCGACGUCAAGUUGAUCCAGGUGAUGAUGUUGUCUCACGCACUGCGAGGUAUCCUGGAGGAGAGCAGUCUGCACUUCCGUCCCAACAGCAACAACACUCCUGUGCAGCUGUUACUGUGUGGCGACUUUAACUCUCUACCUGACUCUGGUGUGAUUGAGUUCCUGUCGUCUGGUCGUGUUUCGUCAGACCAUCAAGAUUUCAAAGACCUUCCGUACAAAUCUGUUCUGCAGAAGAUCUCUGGCGGUGAGAAGCCAAACGAGUUUACACAUUCCUUCAAACUAUCAUCUGCGUACAGUGAAGACAUCAUGCCCUAUACAAACUAUACGUUCCAUUUCAAAGGUAUCAUCGACUAUAUAUUCUACGCCAAACAAAACAUGACACCGCUAGGAUUGCUGGGACCCCUGUCCCCUGAAUGGUUCAAGGACAACAAAGUGAUUGGCUGUCCACACCCGCACAUACCAUCAGAUCACUUCCCUCUACUGGUGGAGCUAGAGAUGACUCCAAGUGUGAGUGGGCAGAGCAACGGACUCAUUCGGAGGUAGCACGAGUCUCGGCCCGGCCUUUAGUCCACACCAAUGGUGUUCUCUCUAUCAGUGCCUAAUCAGUACAAACCACUCGCUACUUUUUUGUAAGAUUUAACAAUAUUUUAUAAAUAGAGAAUUCUAUUUGUAUUUUCACCUAGCUGUACUUCUGAUACAGAAGCAACAGGUUGAAACAACCUGAGCUGCAAAUUUGUUUUUACUGACCAGAAGUGAAGGGGAUACUUUCUCUAGCAAUUUUUUAUUCAAAUUUGAAAUAUUACUUUGUUUUAAGGUUUAACAAUUUACUUUAAGUCCAUGCAGGGAAUUGCGUGAUUAUCAAACAUGAAGUAUUGUUCCGAUGACACGGUUUUAAAAUGAUUUUAAACUUAUUUCAAAAGUUUUUGAUCUUAUACAACAACACAUUGAAUAGAAACAAAUUUAUUUUGACAAAAAUUGCAAUUUGCUGAUGAAAACUAUUUCUCAAAUGAUUUAUUUGUGUUGAUACCAUUUUAUCAAACACUUUGAAUUUACUAACUAAACUACUACUUUUUAUUCACAGGGUGUGUAUUUUGAAAAUCAAUCCAAUCUUUGUAUAGAAGCAAACAACGACGUUUCAAUCCCAGUUGAAGCUGAAGCUAAGUAAUAUUUUCUCCAAUUUUUAUUCCACAAAGUUUUUUAUUUUAUAUUAACACUGCCAUUAUAUCUAAAUAUAUUAGAUCUAUAUACAGAAACGUCUAAAUACAAAAAUUAUUAUCUAUUUUGUGUCAUUAUUCAAAUAAUAUAGGUCAAAUAUUUGGAUUUGUUCCCUUUUACUUCUGCUCGCCUCCAAAGUAACAAUGGGUCAAUUAAGGCAAUGGUAGACCAGGUGUGCACUAAGGCUCAUCUCGUGUUCAUCUCAUCAGAUCGUAAUUUAUUUAAUUGUUUAGCUCUAAGACAAACAAUGGCCACACUUAACAGGCAUGGGUUGCCAUUUCCAAAGACAUCAGUUUUGUACUUUAUAACUGAGUUCCUGCACAAAUAUUGUCGAUAUUUCAAUAUUUACGCUUCCAACAUAUUCGUUUUAUUAUCUCUUGUGUAUGCUGAUUGAAUGUUGGGCUGAUUUGCCCUCGUUGUGAUCACAAUUAACAGUUCAAUAAAAAAAAUUAGAAUGGUUCUGCCCCGUGUUAAAUUAUGUGUUAAACGAGGGGACCCGUGCACAAAUCGGGCAUUUUAAUAUGGUUUAAAACUUGUUUCUGAGGCAAAUCGAAUAAUGCAACACACCCUAAGUUUAUAUUAAAGUUAGGUGAAUAAAACUACUAAUUUACAAUAGAUUAAAUAUGAUGCUUUUAAAUCUACCUCAGUCAGUUUACAAUUUCAUCAAAAACGUCUAUUUAUGAUUGAUUUUUAUUAACUGUUUUGUCUCUAGUUUACAAACUGACUGUGGUUAUCUAUUAGACUGAAGAAUCAGGCGUUAAAUUGCAAUUCACAUUCAACCUGAAUUGUAGAAAGUCAUUAAGCAUUACUGGAUCUUUGAAAGUUAAAAUAACUCGAAAAGGACAAAGCCCCAUAGAAAAUUACCGUUUUCGUUACCAUUCAUCCCUCCACUGGAUCAAAAGCUUUAAAAUGACCUCUCAAUUGUAGAAUCGGUUAUUAGAAACACUGAAAAAGAGAUGUUGCAGAGAAAACCCUUAUUGUAUUAAUUAUAUGGAUGUGAAUGUUUGUUUGAGAUGAUUUAGAUAAGUAGCAAUCCUAUUUUACAAUCUUUAAAAUACAUCAAUUGUAUAUCAAUGCCAUAAAGAUUGAUUUACCUGCUACAACCCUGCUAAUCCGUCACGCAUCACCUACGGGACCGGGACCAAGGUCAGAACAGUUAAUAGGACGGAUUACCUGAGGAUGAUUUCUUUCCAUGGCCGUGGGAUUUGUCUAGGACUGUAGGAUUUAGCUGCUAUUGCGGAAGAUGAUGAAAAUGUUCCUAUAUAUGCAAAUUUUUACUGAGAAAUGUUUUGUUUGAAGCAUUUGAAUAAACUGGGGUUUGGGGUGUCAUAAUACCUAUUUAGGACCAAAACUUUUCUUGAACUGUUCAAGCGAAUGUGAUCUGUCAAGUGGGAAAUUCUGCAUUUCUCUCCUCUUCUCCUUUAACUUUUAACAAUAUGUUGUUAAAUAAAUGUUACCGAACAUACUGUGGUGUUUCGGUCGGCAGUCGAUGUUAGGUGUGGUCAGUAAUGUGUUGAAAUAGCUAUAAACUAGUUUAAGCAUUGUUACAAGAAUUUAAAUAAGUUAAAUCAAACAAGCGUAGUAACGUACGAGUAUGUCGGGUGAUACACAGAUCUCAUGGGCACUCGGGUGCCUGAGUAUUCUCUCAAUACUUAGCUGGUUCUAGGCUUUAACUAAUCCCUAGUUAUUUUUUCAAAACUUUUUUACCAAUAUUAGAACUAGAUAUUUCGGCCUGUAUCUACAAAGGCGUCCACUAUGAUCAACUUGGACUGCAGACUGUCGCGUGUGAUUGUGUCUAACGGUUUAUUUAUUUUUGUCUAGAGAUUAAAAGUUAGGUGUAAGUGUAGGUAAUAUUAAUUGGGUGGUAUGGUGGGUGUUUCGUGAUAUUUUAUAAUCCGAUGAUCAUUUUACUUUUUUAACUGUAUUUUUAUAUUAUUUGUGAAAGUUUUUUAAUCAUUGGAGAACUUUUAACUGUUGAAGUCUUUUGUAGGAAAGUACAAUUAUUGUAUUUAUGAAUGGGACACAAAAUCAUUUCUAGGAAAUCACUUUGAGUCUGUGGUUUAAAUUAUUAAACAUAAUUAAUAAUUGGUCAAUGAUAAUGAUUAUUGUUGUUCUUGGUAAUAGUUUAUCCAAAGUUUUGUUGAAAAAUAUUACAGCAUGAGUUAUUUUAUUCAUCAUUGUAUUUUGCAACAAUUAUUAUAAAAUAGAUUUCUAUUUAUUUUAUGUUUAAAGUUAUAUAUUUUGUAUUUUUGUAUAAGUAUUUUUGUGUAGACUUUUUGAAUCUUGCAUAUAUGCGUAGACUGGUAUAAUCACUGGUUUUAUCUUUUGUUAUAUAAAUGGGUUGUACAUAGAGUAAUUCUAUUCUGUACCCCAGUGAUAUUCUAAGUACUUAUUUGAUCUAUUAGUGCAUGUAUCAUGUUUCUUUUUAAAUGUAAACACGUUAAUUAUAAUUUAUUUACAAUUGAGUUCUUAAAAUUGUCAUUUCAUAUACCUGCAAACUAAAAUAUUCACAUUUUACUUUAGUUUUUACCUGUACGUUGGGUUGAUUUAUAUUCUAUUGAAUGUUGAACAGUGAACACUCAAAAUCAUAUCACCUACAUUUUAAGUAAAGGUUACGUAAAAUGUUGAUGUAUUUAGUUUACAUGUUUUAUUUUUACUUAUUUUGUGAUCUACUAAAUACAAUGUUAAUAGAGAUGGUGUUAAGAUAUUUUCAUAAUGCCACAAGUUGACAAUUGUGUACAUACUUGUGUAGGGUAAGUAAAAUAAUAUUUUUAGACAGUGGAUCUUAUAUUAUUGUGCAAUCUGUGUACAACCUAUGUUGGUAAGGUGAGGGACUAGCUCAAGCAGGGGUCAGAUUUUGUGAUCAGUUAUUUGCACAGAUUAUGUAUUAGCGCAGUAAUGUAAAUGCCAUUGAGACAGAACUGGAUUUGUAAAUUGAGAUAAAACCACAUACAUACUCGAAAUUGGUGUUUUUUAACCAACCGGUGUAAGUUAGUUUUUUAAAUUUUCUUUUUCGUAAACAUUGAAUUUUUAUUUUCAAACAUAAAAGAGGAAUGUGCAAAUGGCUGAGAAAAAUUUUAUAAAAUCUCACCCAAAAAGAACUACCUUAAGUAAUGUUUAAUGAAUGUUCUCUUCCAAGCUUACACUUCAUCUAGUAAAGGUUGGGUUGUAUUUAAUUAUUUUCUUUUAAAUCUGUGAACAUAUGCACGGAUAUUGCAUUUAGGUGCAAAUAUAGUUUAUAAAUAGUACAUAAAUGUGAAUGAACAACUAUCCAUUGUUAUACCAAUUGUAUGAUUUAGAAAAUGGUUGCUUGAGUUAGUGGAGGGGGGUCGAUAUACCUGAUAAGUCGAUUCUAGGCACAAUAAGAUACUCUUUGUAUUUUUAAAUGGUUCUUCUGUUACUGGGUAUAACUAGUAUUUUUCCUCAAGCCGAAUCCCUUCGUCUAUUUGUCAAAAUUUUUACAACUGAUUAAAUUUAGUUCAUCCUCUUAAUACUUACGUGUUUUAGUGUCAUUAACAGGUUUAAAAUUUUGCCUCAGGAGUUGGCUAUUGAUUAGCCAAAUCUGAUUUUAUGUUUUGAAUCAGUUUUUAUUGCAUUUACCAUAAAACUAUAGUUUUUUUACAAUACCAACUGUCAACUAGUAGAUGUAGAUAAUUGUUUAACGCCAAAAAUGUCAGCUUGACAAAAUCAAAUUCAAACAAUCUAGAUCUUGCACGUCUAAUGGUUCAUAUCUGACACAAUUUUUUGUAAGAAAUAUAUUUUAUUUUGUCAUAAAAUUUAAUAUUAAAGUAAAUGGAAAAUGAGAAACACAAGUUUCAUUGAGUAAUUUUGUUGUCUCGCUGUUAAAAUGUUUUUUUGUGUUUCAAAUCUAAAGAUUGACUAACCAUGUUUUAGACCGAAUUAAAAAUGUACAUUUUCCUACAACGUUUUAAGAUAAAUGUUUUUAGAUUCUGAAAUCUAUGAACCUUUUAAAAGGCAAGAUCUUUAAAUUCAGGGGCAAGAUUACUGGUAGUUUCAAGCCUGUGUGUGGAACCAUUGCCUAUAUACCAUACCAUCAACAAGUUAUAUAGUCACUGGUGAUACGUAUCCAGCAAAGCAAGGGGGAGCUAACUAAGUACAAGAUUGAACUGUUUUGAUGGUUGCCCUGAUGUAAACUAUUGACAAUAUUUAAGUCUUGUCACUGGAUAGGUUUGACCACGAUUCAUACAAAUUUAUGAGAAAAUUUCAAGAUACUUCAUUAAUAUUUUUAUCGAAUGUUUGUACUUUACUGGUAAAAAAUCCACUUUUAAACUUUAUACCCAAAAACUUGAUAUAAAUUAAAUUGUCUUCACAGGUCUACAGAUCUGCCAACUGUAAUUAAAUACGAUUUCUAUUCAGUAAAUACCCAAUAGCUUAGAUUAAUUUAUAAAUACAUAUACAUAUUAUUGUAUCCCAGCAAUGUUGUUAGUGAAAGUACAGAUUUUAAAUGUUAUUAAAUUGGGCACUUCAAUGAUAAUUAACAAAUUUGUGUCGAUUCGUUUUUUUUUUACUAAGUGUGUAAAGUUUAGCAAAAGUACUGUAAAAGAAAGAUUGUAUUGAACAGGUUAAGCGAAAACAUGAUUGUUUUUCAUGAAAUAUUUUACUACCUAACUGUUAACUCUUACUUCUGUUGAUAAAUGUUUUGUGUAAGAUGAGUUUUCAUUCCAAACGGUUGUUGCUGCCACUAUUAAGAUUUUGUGGGCUACAAUAAUAUAUUAUGUGACUGUUGUUGGCCGAUUAAUAAACGGAUACAGAAAGUUAAAAAUAA